GAUAAGCCCUAAUUGUUAUUCAGCUCCUUAAGCAUAAGCUCCUGGCAAAGCUCAUAGACUUUCGCCUGGGCUAAGAUUGUCUAAAAUAGCAAUGGGAAUGUAUGCAACCUAAGGCACAGCGGGAUAGGAGAAUAAUCACCAUCCCCUCUCUCUCUGGGCUGGAAGUGUGGGGACCAUUUUAUAAAGUUUAAGAAAUGCUAAGUGUAAUGUACUUUCUGCGGAGCUUCUUUAAGACCCCUGAGCCCAAUGAAGACUCUAACACUAAAUUAGAUUUCAACAAAGACCAUUGUGGGGAACCCUGCUUGCAAGAGGUGGGAACGUUUUGUCAGGAACAGGAGGAAGAUUAUUUUGAAACAAGGUCAUAUUUCAGUGAAAGCCCAUCAGAAUUAAAAAGUGAAGUAUUUGAAAGUAUUUCAGAUGCUGAGUCGGUUUCUAGUGAAACGAAUGACGAACUAAUCAGGAGAUCUGAUUGCCUUUUCCUGGAAAAAGAAGAAGCUUUGUAUUCACUGAAUAACGAUGACGAUGGUCUUUAUUCCAACAUCAUUGUGAACAGUAAUGAAGAAUGCAAUAAAAAUGUGCUGGCAGAGACUGCUUCUGAAACGAAUGUGUUGCACCGAACUUUAACAUUUGACCAAGAGCAGUUGGAUAUAUCUGAAACUGACAAUGAUGCCACUCAGCUAAAAGAUUUCUUAAGACCAGUAGAUGGUUGCACAAACAAUAUAGAUAUCAAUGGAUUAGAAAGAAAACAAGUCAGCCUUAAGGAUGUAUUUGGAUGCCAGGCAGGAUUACAAUCAACUGGAGAAAUUGCAAAAUCAAAAUCGGAAAACUGCCUUAAUUGUGCAGGGUCAGAGAAAGACAUUUUUACAGGAGGGCCCAGCCAAAGUCUGCCUAAUAUCAGUUUUGAAAUAUCUUGUUAUUCUGACUUCUCUAGCCAACAUGGAAUUGCAAGUGUACAAAGUAAACAGCAAAUAUGUUUGGAGUCUCCAUCUCAAGAGGAAAUUAAUGUAGACUGUUAUUUAAAUUCUGUAUCUCAGAAUGGGGGACUCUUGACAUAUACGGAGAAAGAAAAACACAUUUCCGAGGACAUUGUUCAUUUGCAAGAUUCCGAUCGUUCUACUCAGCUAUGUGAGGGGGAAAAUGUGUUAUCACCUGCAGAACACAAUGAAUUUCAAAGCAUUUUAGAUGAUGAUAUAAAAGAAACUAGAGGCUCUAUGUUAGCAAUGGACAUGAAUAAUUCAACAGAAAAGGUGGGUAGUAUUUUAUCUGAUUCUUUUCAAGAUAUAUUUAAAGGUUAUUGGGAAGAAGCCACAGAAUCUAAAGAAAAACAAAAUAUGACACUAGGUGGUAUUAACAACAGCAGCCUGUUAAGGAAACAAAUUAGCAGACAAGAACCAAUAAGCCUUUUAGAAGACCUUCAAGUUAUUGCUGAAUCAAAAGGCUCCUCGAAUAGCCAACAAGACAGAUCUGCGGUUAUUUUACUAUCCAUUCAACAGCCAGGAGCACAAACAUCAUGGAAGGAAACUGAGCAAAAUUCAUAUAAACAUGAAAAUGGCAGUUCUUCACAUUUAAACAGCAAUGAACAUUUAACUGAUAGCAGAGAUUCAUUAAAUUACCACCUAGUUUAUAAAUCCCCAGAUUCAAUGGGAUGUGUGGAACAAGGAGAAGAUGAGCAGAAUAGCUCCACUCUUGUUGACAUAAACAGAAAGAUUUCUCUCUUUCAAAAGGAAUCAGAAAGAAUGCUUGUUCAAGAACAUGCAGAAACCCAUGGCAGACACUUGUUGGACAUAUUGUUAGAAAAAGAACAAAACAAUUCCCCUGAAAUAAAUAUACAAACAGCUAAAACAAAGUCCUUUAAGCAAAAAAAUAAUAAAGAUCCAGAAUUCCAUAGUUACGAUUAUAAGGUGGAAUCGAUUGGUUCUAAUCUUGACCAAGGUGACAAUGUCUUCUUUGAACAGAGAACAUACCUUGAAGCCACACAAGAUUCUGAAGGAGAUGAAAGUGAUGUUGAAGUUUCAUUCUCAGAAGAAAAUAGAAAUCCCUGUCUUGCAACAGCUGAGGACAGCAGAGAUGUUAUGUAUUAUUCCAGUAUUGCAAAGAAAAUGGACAAUAUAGAUACGGUGGGUGAUAAUGAAAACAGCAGUUCCAGCAGUGAAGGCACUGAGGGCAGCAUGGGAAACCACUGGAGAAGUGAGAUCAACCAUAUAGAAGACAAAAAAAACAGUGUAAAGUUGUCCGGGGAACAAAACCAAACCAAAAUAGCAGAAUUUGAAGAUUCCAAAACAGAAGAGAAAGAGGAUACUAAUAACAAAAUAAAAGGGAUGAAUAUAAAAAAUAAUGAUAUUUUUAAAAAAUAUCUGUCAGCUAAAAUACCUACACCAUAUGGCUCACAACUAGCCAUUCCAAAUACAGAGGAAACGCCGGACUUCUCCGAUGAAGAUGUAUAUGGAAGUAGUUUUCUUUACAACAGGAGUAUGAGGAUGGCAUCAGGGACUGGGAGAAUUGAUCUUGAUAAUUUUACCAGAUUAAAAUGUGGUGUUGCACCACCAAGCACCAACAAUAAAUCAGAUAAUCAGCAACGUCAGGGGUCCUGCAAACCCCCAAAUGAAAACUGGGAAACCAAGAGCGACAGAAUCACAGAAAGUAAACGAUUAAAGGAAAGAUUGAUGUGGGCGCAUAAGUCUUUCUCCAGUAUGUUUGAUUUUAAAAAUAAUGAUAAAGACAUUGCCAACCAGAGUUUAGAGGGCUCAUCUAGAGAGGAGAAGAAAAAGUCAAAGCCACUUCAAUCAUCCUGGAAAACACUCCGAAAUUCCAAAAACAAAGAUAAGGAGUCAUUUAAGAGACUCAGUGUGUUAAAUUUAUCAGCACAUGUUAUAAAUACAAACAAAUCCAGGGGGGCUUCCAAGGGAAAUGGAAAUGAACCGCCAGUUUUUGAUCCAUUCAAAAAACCUUCCUCUAUGGAAAUAAAGCCUAAUUUGACCAAUGAUACGACAACAGAGUCCAAUUCAGAACCUCUGGAAGAUAAGGAAAAACAUAAAGAAUGGGACCUUAAAUAUGAUGGUUCUUUACAAACAUCUUGCGAUGAAUCAAUGUUCUUUUCAAACUUUGAUUCAAAUGAAUCACAUUUAUUAAACAAACAGCCGUCUAUUACAACUUUAGUCCCAAAUUCUGAAAUAAACUCCAUGCCAUCUCGACCACUGAGUCCGAAGCCUUUUAGCCAAUGGCCCAGCUUUCAGCGUAGGAGCUUGCUUAAUUCCAGGAUAAGUGCCACCUCAAUGACCUCUCUAGCAUACAGAUCUCCAGCGGAGGGGUGCCCAGAUUCUCCAGAGACAGCAGUAAAGACAUGGGGAGGGCAUUUAACAGAGAGACAUAGUCCCAAAGAUGAUGGCAGUGUCAGCAGCCUGUCAAAGCCAAGCCUCAACACUGCUUCUUCAAUAACAGACAUACUAAGAGAUGAGGAUAGUAGACAAGUUGUCCCAUCAACGCCACUAAAGAUGCAAAGGGAGAGAAAUGCUUUGCUUUACAAGAAGAGACCUGCAGACCUGACGACUUCUCAGUUCCUGCCUAUCAACAGUGAAAAUAGAACUCUGACACUGCCCCAGAUGGCUUCCAUGAGUCACAAAAGGGAUUCAGAACAAACAAAGCCCAAAGCUUUAUUCAAGAGCCUGAGUUGUGAUAACGUAUGGGUAUGUGAAAGGAACCAAGAGAGCAAACUAGACAAGUCUAUAGAUGCAGGAGAUCUCAUGAGGAACCAGUCAAAAGCUUCUAUGAGUGCCUCUAAUGGUCCUCCAGAAAUAUUCCGGAGAUUCCCUUUGAAGGUUCACGCGUUUUCCCGGAGCACACCGACCAGGCUUGAUCUAGUGGGCUGUGUGAGACGCACGUCUAUGUCAGUAUUUAAUAAUGGGUCGACGAGCAGACCUUCGCUGUUUGAUGACUUGGGGAGUGAUGAGGAUUUUUAUGAUGAACUACAUGUUUCCGGUCACCGCUUUGUCGGAGGGGGCGAGCAGCUGGCAAUAAAUGAGCUGAUAAGUGAUGGCAGUGUGGUAUACGCUGAAGCUCUCUGGGACCAUGUCACUAUGGAUGAUGGAGAACUGGGUUUUAAGGCCGGCAGUGUCAUUGAAGUAAUGGAUGCUACCAACAAAGAGUGGUGGCGGGGGAGGAUUGUAGACAGUAAAGGAUGGUUUCCAGCCAGCUUUGUUAGGCUCCGUGUUAACCAGGAUGAACCAAUGGAAGAUUGUGUUACUAAAGCAGGGGACAAAGACCAGGAUCCUAGAAAUGUCCCAAGGAGAAAUGGCAUUGGGUCGAACAACAAAGAUCAAAUGAGAACUAAUGUUAUUAAUGAGAUCUUAAAUACAGAAAAACAUUAUAUUAAGCACCUGAAGGAUAUUUGUGAGGGCUACAUCAAGCAGUGCCGUAAAAGAGACGACAUGUUUACAGAAGAGCAACUGUGGACAAUCUUCGGGAACAUCGAAGAGAUCUACAAAUUCCAGAAAAAAUUCUUGAAAACACUUGAAAAAAGAAUUAACAAAGAAGCUCCUCAUCUGAGUGAGGUCGGCUCUUGCUUUUUGGAAUAUCAAACAGAUUUUCAAAUCUACUCAGAAUAUUGCAACAAUCAUCCCAACGCCUGCACAGAACUUUCCAAACUUUCCAAGGCCAAGAAGUAUGUCCAUUUCUUUGAGACCUGCCGGUUAUUGCAGAAGAUGAUUGAUAUCUCUAUAGAUGGGUUUCUGUUAACCCCAGUGCAGAAGAUCUGUAAAUAUCCACUUCAGCUGGCGGAACUUCUAAAGUACACCAAUCCCCAACACAGAGACUACACAAAUGUUGAGGCAGCCUUGGACGCAAUGAAAAAUGUUGCCAAGCUUAUCAAUGAAAGAAAGCGGAGACUUGAGAACAUUGAUAAAAUAGCCCAGUGGCAAAGUUCUAUAGAGGAUUGGGAGGGAGAAGAUAUCCUUGCCAGAAGCUCUGAGCUUAUACAUUCUGGGGAAUUAACCAAGAUUUCUCACCAACAGCCAAAGGGACAGCAGCGGAUAUUUUUUCUAUUUGAUCAUCAAAUUGUUUACUGCAAGAAGGACCUGUUACGCCGUGACAUUCUGUAUUAUAAAGGGAAGAUUAACAUGGACGAUAUGGAAGUUGUAAAUGUAGAUGACGGUAAAGACAAAGACUUUAAUAUCACUGUAAAAAAUGCAUUCAAGCUUCAAAGCAAAGUCUCGGAAGAGAUUCACCUUUUCCUGACAAAGAAACCGGAGCACAAGCAGCGUUGGCUACAGGCCUUUGAGGAAGAAAGGAAACAGGUGCAUCUGGAUAAAGAGACAGGUUUCAGCAUCAGUGAAAUACAGAAGAAGCAGGCUAUGAUUAAUGCCAGUAAGCCUCACCCGUCAGGAAAGCCUAAAGCUGUCAAUAGGUCAUACUAUGAUUUCUGGAUGAAGCAGAAGCACCCCACUCUGCCUGCCGACCUCCCACAGCAACAAGUCUUCAUGCUGGCUGAACCCAAGCGUAAACCCUCCAAUUUCUGGCAGAACAUCAGCCGACUGACCCCAUUCAGAAAAUAAAGGACGACUUUGUGUUCUACUCCUGUACAAAGAAAGCACUUUACCCACAGUCGACCAAGUGCCUGGGAGUCCUGUCUUUCUUUUAUUGGGCAUGGCGCUGGCUGGUGUAUUUAUUUUUUACAGAACAGUUAGACGUUCUUAACGUAUUUGUUGCUGCCUUUUCCAAACGAUCAGAUGAAUCACCUGGGAAGUAUUGUUUGUUUUUUCUUUUUUUUUUCUCUCUUUCCUCGUCUUAGGACGUCAAAAUAUUGGCUCUGUAGAUGCUUCUGGCGUGCUCAUGCCAAGCUUCUGCAUCCGGCCAAUAACCUGCCUUGGAAUACGGCUGAGUGGCAGCUGAAGAGAGUGACCAGAGACGUGGCUGAGGGCGCCAGCUCCAUGUGUAGACGACAUGGAAUAUCCAUGUUUACUGGGAAAAUGUUUAAUAAGCUCUUUGCAUUGUAAAUACUGACCCUAUAUUUGUAGUGGUUCCAUGGUGCAUUGAUUAGAUUCAACUUGAUAAUGAAUUUAGCUCUCACUUUAAUAGAUACCGACAAAGAUGUGCUCCAUCUAAACCACUAAACUAUUAGUCCCUUAAAGGGAAACUGUCAAGGGAAAAACAGUUUCUUUCAAAACGCAUCAGUUAAUAGUGCUGCUUCAGCAGAAUU